GCGUCGGGCUGGUUCCCAGCUCCAGCCCAGCGCCGAGCCGCGCUUUCUCUCCCGCGUUCCCAGGCGUCCGGAAGGGAGGGUCCCCGCGAAUCCGCCUCCCCGCCAGUCCCGGGUCGGAGCAGCCUCGGGACGUCCGGCGGCUCCAGCCGCGCCCCGGGCGCACGGGCCAGGAGAGCGUGGGGGAGCGGAGGGGUGCCCCCUACGGGAAGAUGAGGAAGCCUGACGGGAAGAUCGUGCUUUUGGGGGACAUGAACGUGGGCAAGACGUCGUUGCUCCAGAGGUACAUGGAGCGGCGCUUCCCGGACACGGUCAGCACGGUGGGCGGCGCCUUCUACCUGAAGCAGUGGCGCUCCUACAACAUCUCCAUCUGGGACACUGCAGGGCGGGAGCAGUUCCACGGCCUGGGCUCCAUGUACUGUCGGGGGGCGGUUGCGGUCAUCCUCACCUACGACGUGAACCACGCCCAGAGCCUGCUCGAGCUGGAGGACCGGUUCCUGGGCCUGACAGACACGGCCAGUGCCGACUGCCUCUUCGCCGUCGUGGGCAACAAGGUGGACCUGAGUGAGGAGGCGCCUGGGGAGGGCGGCCAGGGAGGAGGACACGGUUCCGGGCAGGCAGGCGGCGGCGGCUGCCCGGCCCCCCGGCUGUCCAAGCAGGUGCAGCUGGAGGACGCAGUGGCCUUUUACAAGAAGAUCCUCAAGUACAAGAUGCUGGACGAGAAGGACGUGCCGGCUGCUGAGCAGAUGUGCUUCGAGACGAGCGCCAAGACCGGCAAGAACGUGGACCUGCUGUUUGAGACGGUGUUCGACAUGGUGGUGCCCGUGAUCCUGCGGCAGAGGGCCCAGGGCCCGCCGCAGACCGUGGACGUCGCCAGCGCCCCGCCGCCUGCACGGACCAGAUCCGGGUGCUGCUCCUGACGCGCCCCGGCCCGGCCCCGGGGACCCGGGUGGCCCGAGGAGCCGAUCGGGGGUCA